AUGUCCGUUCCUUCCACCAUCACAAGAUUUCGGAGCCGCUGGCGGCCAUCACUCAGACUCCUCACACAUACGAGGAAUUAUGCCGUCCAGGCACCAGGCAGACCGACGUUUGAAGUGUUCAACCGAAUGGCCAAGCACAUGCAGAAAGAUCGCGCUGCUCGAAACGUCGAACAGAGUCGUCAGGUGGACUAUAUCAAAGACGAGGUCGCAAAGAGAUUAUGUGAAAGGUUACUGGAUAUAAAACGAUCUUUCCCGAAUACCCUCGACCUCGGCGCAAAUAGUUGCAACAUCGCCAGAGCUCUUACAGCUCCCAAUCCGGACCCCGCGGUAGAAACAUCCCCCCCUCUAUCCAACCGUAUCGGCUCCCUCACAUGCAUCGAUACGUCGCAUGCGUUGUUAUAUCGUGAUGCAGAUGAUGAGUUCAACAACCAGAUAUCUAUCCAGCGAGAAGUAAUUCCCAACCUAGAGUCAUUACCCUUCGAAGCAAACACCUUUGAUGCUGUCCUGUCCUCUCUCUCCAUCCACUGGAUCAAUGACCUCCCGUCCCUUUUGGCGCAAAUAAAUAAGAUCCUCAAACCCGAUAGUCCGUUUAUUGCAGCAAUGUUUGGUGGCGAUACGCUCUUUGAGUUGCGUUCGUCGCUACAACUGGCAAAUAUGGAGCGUCGUGGUGGUGUGAUUCCGCAUAUCUCACCUCUGGCUGAUGUUAGAGAUGUUGGAGGUCUCUUGACAAAAGCUGGAUUCAAAAUGUUGACUGUGGAUGUUGAAGAUAUUGUCGUUGAUUUCCCCAACACUUUCGCAUUGAUGCAGGAUCUGCAGGCUAUGGGGGAGAGCAACGCGACUGUACAGAUGGGUACUUUGUCGAAGGAUGUUCUUUUGGCAAAUGAGGCUAUUUACCGAGAAUUGCACAAGGAGGAAAUAGACGCCGAGCAUGGCCAAAGCGGUAUUCCUGCUACUUUCAGAAUCAUCUUCAUGAUAGGGUGGAAAGAAGGAGCCGGACAACCAGAGCCUCUGAAGAGAGGUAGCGGGGAGGUCAAUCUCAAGGAUAUCCUAGGUGGAGGUGACUUUGAACCAAAGUAA